AUGGUCGACUCGAAUUCCACAGAGAGGACAUACGUCCUUCAGACAGCCCGCGGCUCACUUACGGGCACCGAGGUCGUAGACACCCGCACCAACAAGCCGAUAUACAGACGUUAUGCUCGAAUUCGUUACGCACUGCCACCCGUUGGAGAACGCAGAUGGAGAAAACCAGAGCCACUGCCCGCGGAUUGGAUAUUCUCGGAUGGCAACAACAAUCCUCGCAACUACCGGAAGUUCGGAGCGAUUUGUCCUCAAGUGGAUGCUCCAGAUGACUUGCUGAAUGGAGGGAACUCCACAGAGGUCCAAAAUGACAUGAGCGAGGACUGUCUGUUCCUGAACAUAUGGGUGCCGGCAGGUGGUGAAGGCCCAGCUGGUGGUUGGUCCGUACAAUUCAUGUACUACGAGUUCCCUGGAGGUGAAUAUACCUCUGGCCACGGUAUGCAGCGAGACUACCUCGACCCCAUAGACAUCUAUCGCGAUAAUCGAGACAAUCUCCGCAUCAUUGUCUCAGCAAACUUUCGCGUAGGCGUCUUUGGCUUUCUCGCCAGUGAAGAGCUCCUACAGGACGCGAAAGGCACUCCCAAAUGCCACGACCGAUAUGCCGUUUGCGGCAAUUUCGGAUUCUGGGAUCUUCGUAUGGCACUCGAGUGGACGCAUGCUAACGUCCAUCUUUUCGGAGGCAAUGUGAACAACAUCACGGCUGGGGGCUCGGGACGGCUCACUGCACGCAUCAUUCGGCGAGCGUUCCUGUUCAGUGGAGCAGUCGCGGUUCAGCCAGAUACUCCACAAUCGGAGAAACCUCGUAAACUGUUCUUCGAUCUGUGUCGGAGGUUUCACAUCGAUGGAGACCUGCCGUCAGAGGAUAAAAUUAGGUUGCUGAGGGGCGUCAGCGCGGAGAAGUUGCUGGAGUUUUCGAAGACCUUGGACGUUGGAUUUCGACCCGUGACAGAUGGUCAGGGUGGAUUUGUUCCGAUAUGGUUCAUGAGGACGAUUCGAAAUGGCGAGCUUGGUCGGCGGCUGAAAGAGCUGGGAGUCCAAGUGCUGAUAGGGGAUGCGAGCAACGAGGCUGGGUUGUAUCAGUAUCUGAACCGCAAGCCCAUCUCGAGCCAGCAGGAUCUCAGGACGAAAUUGACCAUGCAAUACCCCCAAGACAUCGUCGACGCCUUGAUCGUACGCCACGAAGGCCAAAACGUGAACUGGAACUUCAUCUACUCCCAGAUCGUGGCCGACAUCCAAUGCCAUUCCGCCGUCCGCGGCUUCGCCCACAGCCUCUUCAAAGGCGGCAUGACAGCACAAGAAGUCCUCCGCUACCACAUCUCCUGGAAAUCCAAAACCCUCGCCAUGCCCCUAGAGGUCGGAACCAGUCAUGCCCUGGACUUUCCCCUCUGGUGGUACUCCGGCUGGCGAACGGGCUUCAGCGAAAGAGACAAAGAAGAUGUCUUGAACUUUACGCGGCCCUUUGCCAGGUUCAUCCGUGGCGACAUCAGUGCGCUGUUCGGCUGGGGAACCGAGACAGAGUAUGAAGUCAGGCUGCUGGCGCCGGAUGGAUCAGUACGUGUGACGGAAGAUUCCAUGUGGAAGGAGAAGAUGGGGAUUUGGAACAUUGUGCGUGACGUGCAGUUGCGGCGGAGUGGGAGCGGUGUUGCGAGGCGACAGGUCAACGGUGGUCCGUGA